AUGUUAUCAAGAAUAAAUCAAUCAAAACAAUCCAUUCGUUCAAUAACCAAAAAACAAUUACAACUCAAAACAUCAAAAAGAUAUAACUCAUCACAUCAUCAUGAUCAUCAUCCACCAAAAGAAGAAAAACCAUUUGAAAUAACAAUGACAAAAAUAUUUGGUAUAGCAGCAUUAGCAGGUGGAUUUUUAAUGUAUAGAUCGAAAGAUAAAACAGAUGAACCAUUAUUUAAAUCAGGAUUAUUUGAACAAGAAACAAAUGGAGCAAGAAGUCAUUUACGAGAUGAAGCUUUUGAAAAUAGAUAUAAGAUUGGAUUUAUUAAAACCUAUAUAUUGGAUAAUGGUGGUGAUGGGUUAGGAAAUCAAAUGUUUAGAAGAACAAGUGGUGAAGAUAUUUUGAAUAAUAAUUUAAUUGGUGCUCAUUCUCCUUAUGGUCAACAAUAUGGAGCUGGUAUAAAAUUAAAUAAUUUAAGUCCAAGAAGAGAAAGAAUAGAAAGAUUUGCUCCAUUAAAUGAAAGUAAAUGA